AUGUCCACUGCAUUAGGGAACGAUACCAACUACGCUGGUCCGUACAUCUAUGCAGCGUGGGCUUUGACAGGCGUCGCAGGACUAGCCUUGGCCUUUCGGUAUACGACCAAGACAUGGAUUCGAUGGAUGCUGCCUCGUGUUAGUUCCCCCGAAAGAGUAUGGGGCUUGGAGGAUAUUCUGUACGGCGCUGCAUAUGGGUUUGAUAUCGCGCAUAUGGUCUAUAUUCAGCGCAGCUUUGAAAAUGGUCUCGGGAGGCACAUGUGGUUCCUGUCGGAUGCGGAAAGGAACCUCGCGUUGAAGAACGAGUUUAUUUCCCAGCCUCUAGGUGAGUGGUCUUCCUUAUCGGGUGAUGUAGAAACUCACAGCUGUCUUCUAGCUGUUACUGCCUCCAUGCUGAGCCGCUCCGGCAUGAUGUGUUUCCUCUACACGUGCUUUAGCAGCGUUGAUAAGCAGAUCCGCCUAUCCAUCAUUGUAUGCAUGGCAAUACAGGUCGUGGUAAACUCGGUGACUGCCGUUCAGAUUAUCGUGCAGUGCGGCCCCAAUCCCUACCAUGCAGUCAAUCGAGUCAGCUAUUUCCACUACAUGUGGGAUAACCCACCAGCCGAUGGCUCCGUGGGCAACGGACUCGGCUCCAGCACAGCACAAGCCGCUGUUCAGUCGGAUUCGGCGAAUGCCACGACAGGCGCUCUUUCGUCGAAUCUGGCAGACUGUUAG